GAAGGAGGGUGCCAGGAGUGCCAUAUCGCUCCCAAUCCCAAUCCCAAAUUCAGGCCUCGAGGACCCCAGCGAUGGGGUGCAGGGGGGAAAGGGAGCUUUGCAAGAAAAUAAUGAAGGGCCCUGCUGGUGGAAAUCCUAGUCCUUAAUAGCUCCUUCAAACUCAUCAGUCAAAAUCACAACCUGAGGGCCGGAAUUUCCUCGCGCUCAGGAGGUCGAGAAAAGACAAGCCCACGUCAAAGUGAAGCCCCCAACUCCACCUCCUAGAACCGAUCACAUCGCUUUCUCGAGAGAGAUGAACAAAUCUCUAGCAGCGGCAGAUCGAGAGACGAGGAAACGGUGGGGAAGAUUUUGGUUCAGACUUCAAAAGUGCCCCUUGCUGUGUACCUUCCGGUGUCCACCUGGCCUGCGCUCAUCGAUCAGGGGGACCGCGAUGAUGGUGGGCUGCAAAGGUCUGGGAAUCGGGGAGGAGGAAGAAGAGGAAGACCGGCCGGAGGCAUGAUCGCACAUGUUCACGGUGCUAGUGGAGAAGACGCGAAUGUCAACUUGAAGACCUCGGGUCAAAUUUUGUUCUUCACUCGUCGUGUGUCGAGUUCAUUUGACAGUGAAUGAGCACUUCAAUUUGGCGCCGUCAGCGUCGGAAUCACGGGGUCCGGGUCCGGGUCCGGGUCCUGGGCUGUGAAGCUGACAGGAGUUCAGGGAGAGGUAGAGGUAGAGGGAGAGGGAAGGGAAGAACGAGCUUCGGAAAGAGCAGAAAGUGACCUGCUUGCGGAAGCUUGUGGGUCCAGGCCGAGAGAUCGCAGUCCGAACCCUCGAUUAGUCUGAAAGUUGUGGGGUGACGACAGAGAGUAUAUAGUCGGGCCCUCCAGGAUCCGCAGCGAGAGAUCUGUACCGAAGAAGUCAGAUCGGCUAGCGUAGUGACGCAUUAUGCAAGCAAAGCGCGUUGCUGUGAUAUCUGCAGCAGCGGCAGCGGCAGGAGCUAGCUACGCCGACGGUUUGCUUGCUAAAAUGCUCUCAGUGCUGUUCACUGCUCCAGCAGCAGCGGCAGGAGCUAGAGUAUAUUGCCACCUCCAGCCGCGGCCGGAUGGUUCCUUUCUUUCAGCGCAGUUCUAGGAGUGGAACUGCUACGCGCAUUCUUCAAUGGAUGGGAAGCAAGACCGGCAGUGUUCAUGGUUAUGCGAUAUCUUUUGUUUUUCGCCGGGGAGUCGCGACAUGAGGUGGGGCGACAGAGGAAUUAUUAGACUCGGAAGGAGCUGCCGAGCUUCGUCCGUCAUCAGUCGUCUACCUUGCCCAUGUGGCCCAUGGAGCCCAUAUUCUCUGGAAAUUCGUCCAGAUUCGACAAAACAUGCCAACAGUAGCCACGCUCAGCCCAUGGAUAAUCCCCGAUGAUGAUCAAUUCGCACUCGGUGAGAUCUAUUCUGAGCCCAGGCACUCAUGUGCACAGGCUCGGCCCAGCACGCCUGAGCCUGUAAAGAAAUCAUAUAAUCUGAUGGCAACAGGGAGCCAGUCUUUCCAUUUCCUUGACUUUUGUGGUGGGUCCAUCGCGUGAUGGCGAUUGCCCUUCUGUGGCCAACCGCGGUGACAUGUUCUCAGACCGGCGCGAGCAUGACCACCGGAAAGGUCGAAGAUGAGAAAUGAAAGAGAGAAUGUGCCCAAGGAUACCAUUUUAUGCCAAGUGUCUGAACUGCACUCGCCACAGGACAUUCUCUGUUGUAUGCUUCCGAUUCGCUAGCCUGUUAAAUGGCACCGAAGAUUAUAUAGCCAAAUAGGAUGGCGAGGUCCAUCGAGCCGAACAUGAAUGAAGCCAUCAUCAUCCAUGCUCGCCUUGAUGAAACUAAAGAUGGGAAAUAUGUCCUGUUGGAGAUACGACACACUUAUUUAGUCUAGAAGGUUCUCAAGCACACCGGGAUGCUGCCAUUUCUUUGGGAUUUG